UUGUAGCGUCUCUUAACCUAACCAAUACAAAGUUGCCGCUACGGUCGCCGGAAAAUCUUUAGGGUGUUGAGUCUUGUAUAGAAUUCUCCGGAAGCAAUAAUGGUGGGGCUUUCUGUUGGAGAGCAACACUUCGUUAAAGGUGGGAUUGCUCAAGAUCUUCGAACUGAUGGUCGGAAAAGAUUGGCUUACCGUCCUAUCUAUGUCGAAACUGGUGUAAUUCCGCAGGCUAAUGGUUCAGCGAGAGUUAAGAUAGGUGGUACCGAUGUGAUUGCUAGUGUUAAGGCUGAAAUUGGAAGGCCAAGUUCACUCCAACCCGAUAAAGGAAAGGUUGCAGUCUUCAUUGAUUGCAGUCCAACAGCAGAACCGACAUUUGGGGGGAGAGGAGGUGAGGAAUUGUCUUCUGAGCUUGCUUUGGCUCUUCAAAGAUGUCUUCUGGGUGGGAAAAGUGGAGCAGGAGCUGGAAUAAAUUUAUCUUCCCUUUUAAUCAAAGAAGGAAAAGUUUGCUGGGACCUUUAUAUCGAUGGCCUUGUUAUUAGUUCAGAUGGGAAUCUGUUGGAUGCCCUGGGUGCUGCCAUUAAGGCUGCUUUAACCAACACGGCCAUCCCAAAAGUCAACGUUUCAGCUGAAGUGGCAGAUGAUGAGCAACCAGAGAUUGACAUCAGCGACGAAGAGUAUCUACAAUUUGACACUUCCAGUGUCCCGGUCAUUGUCACGCUAACAAAAGUGGGAGCACAUUACAUAGUUGAUGCAACAGCUGAAGAGGAAUCUCAGAUGAGCUCAGCUGUAUCUAUAUCUGUGAACCGGGUAGGCCAUAUAUGUGGGUUAACCAAAAGAGGCGGGUCUGGCUUAGACCCGAGUGUUAUUCUUGACAUGAUCUCUGUGGCCAAGCAUGUGACAGAGGCUCUGAUGAGCAAACUGGAUUCUGAGAUUUCAGCUGCAGAGGCCUGCGAAGACGAAUCCUGACUUUGAGUUUUAUAGAAGUAAAGUUUCAUGAUGGAACAUGUUUUGCAAGGGAUUAACCAUAUUUGUAUCUGUGGGAAAUCUAUAUGAAGUCGGAACAGAAUAGCUAAUCAAAAAUCAUUUCUCCUCUGUUCUAAUGUUCCAUGCUUUGUGUGUUAGAAAA